AUGAGCGCAAACUUAUACUCUCUUUGCAGGUACCUCGUCAAGAUCGCCGGUAAGGAAGGUUUCCACCUCCGCGUCCGCGUCCACCCCUUCCACGUCGUCCGUAUCAACAAGAUGUUGUCUUGCGCUGGUGCCGAUCGUCUGCAGACCGGUAUGCGUGGUGCCUUCGGUAAGCCCCAGGGUCUCGUCGCCCGUGUGAACAUUGGCCAGAUCAUUCUGUCCGUCCGCACCCGUGACGCCCACCGCGCUACCGCUCUCGAGGCCCUCCGCCGCUCUAUGUACAAGUUCCCCGGUCGCCAAAAGAUCAUUGUCUCCAAGAACUGGGGUUUCACCCCCGUUCGUCGCGAGGACUACGUUCAGCUCCGCCAGGAGGGCAAGCUCCGCUCCGACGGUGCCUACGUUCAGUUCCUCCGUGGCCACGGUCUCAUCGAGGAGAACAUGAAGCGCUUCCCCGAUGCCUACGAGAACCUCGCUUAG